GCCAGUUCAAGUACAAGAAGAACCAUCAGAGGUAAGGUGCAGAUAGAUUGAAGAUUAAAGAUUUGAAUUUGGUAUUGUAUAUUGAGGAUUUGGCAGCACCUGGUGAGGUUUCAGGGUAUCCCUAUCGAUAAUUAAUCUUUCCAGGGCCUCGUAUGGAGCAAUUUAGGCAGGUUGGCGAGGUUAUGGGAAGUUUGAAUGCUAUCAUGGUGCUGAAAGAAGACAUCCGAAUCAAUCAACGGCAGUGUUGUUUACUUCUAGACAUCUUCAAUUUAGCCUUGUCUACAGUUGCAGAGGGAAUCAAGCUUUUCUUGAAAUCAGAAGAGAAGAACACCAAGUGGAAAGCUCUUGAACAGCCCUUGAGAGAGCUUCAUAAGGUGAUCAAAGAAGGAGAACUCUAUGUUAGGCAAUGCUUGGAUAAUAAAGAUUGGUGGGGUAAAGCCAUUGCUCUUCAUCAGAAUAAAGAUUGUGUUGAAUUUCAUAUUCACAAUUUGCUUUGCUAUUUCCCGGCUGUGAUUGAGGCCAUCGAAACAGCUGGUGAAAUCUCAGGACUUGAUCCUGAUGAAAUGCAAAGGAGGAGAGUAGCACUUGCAAGAAAAUAUGACAGGGAAUGGAAUGACCCUAAACUUUUCCAGUUGAAAUUUGGGAAGGAAUAUUUGAUCCCCCGAGAAAUUUGCAAUCGUUUUGAAAGUGCUUGGAAAGAAGAUAGAUGGCUUCUUAUUGAAGAACUCAAGGAGAAGAGAAGUUUGGGAUCUGUUGUUCUGACAAAGAAUGAGCAGCGGCUUGUAGAUAUGUUACUCAAGAAACUAAAUGGACCAGAGCCUGCUAAUGGGCAACUCUUUCCUACUUCAACUUUGUUAGGAGGGAAGGAUUACCAAGUAAGGAGAAGAUUAGGUGGAGGAGGCCAGUACAAGGAAAUUAUAUGGUUGGGGGAUAAUUUUGCUGUUAGGCAUUUCUAUGGUGAGAUUGAUGAAUCAUUAAAUUCCGAGAUUGCUAAUCUUCUUUCCCUGUCCCAUCCCAACAUUGUGCAGUAUCUUUGUGGCUUUUCUGAUGAUGAGAAGAAAGAAUUCUUUCUUGUUAUGGAGUUGCUAAGCAAGGAUCUAUCUCUCUACAUGAGGGAAACUUUUGGCUCAAAGAGGCGGAGUUCGUUCUCUCUUCCUAUUGUGGUUGAUCUUAUGCUUCAAAUUGCAAGAGGUAUGGAAUUUCUUCAUUCACAAAGGAUUUAUCAUGGAGAAUUAAACCCUUCAAAUAUUUUCCUCAAACCAAGGACUUCAACCGAAGGUUAUUUUCAUGUAAAAGUUUCUGGUUUUGGAUUGUCGUCUGUUAAAAGUUAUGCAUCUCGACACUCACUCCCACCACCACUGCCGCCGCCAAAUCAACAUGCACCAGACCCUUGUAUUUGGUUCGCCCCAGAAGUUCUGGCCGCACAAGAAGAGGGAAGUACCUCUACUUCCAAGUAUUCAGAGAAGGCAGAUGUUUACAGUUUUGGGAUGCUUUUUUUUGAGCUUUUAACCGGGAAAGUUCCUUUUGAAGAUGGACAUCUUCAAGGAGACAAGAUGACAAGAAAUAUAAGAGCAGGAGAGAGGCCUCUCUUCCCAUCAGGUUAUCCAAAAUAUAUCGUCAACUUAACCAAAAAAUGUUGGCACCCAACUCCUUCUCAGCGCCCAAGUUUCUCAUCCAUAUGUCGAAUUUUACGUUACAUCAAGAAGUCCCUCGUGAUGAACCCGGAACAUGCUCAGUCUGAGUUUCAAUCGCCACUUGCAGAUUAUUAUGAUAUCGAGGCAGGCUUUCUAAGGAAGUUUGUGUUAGAGAGGAGUUAUGAUGAAACAUCUGUCACACAAAUCCCAUUUCAAUUGUUUUCCUAUAGAAUAUUAGAGAAAGAGAAGGCUAUUUUGAACAAUAAAGAUAAGCAUUUAGAACUAGGUAGUGAUGCAGCCUCAAUGUACAAGGAUGAGUCUGCUUCUGUAGAUGGAAUUAUGUUAGCAAAUGAAACAAGGUCUAUGUGUUCUGAUAUGAAGUCAGUCUCUUUUGAUAUGAGAUCAGUUUUUACAGAGAUUCCGGGUAAAAAAGUUUCUCAAUUUGAUACGAGGUCAGUUCAUUCCGAGGCUCCAAUGAAGAAAAUUUCUAGUUCUGAAUUUAUGUCACUUUCUUCUGAGGUUCCCGACGAGAAAAUGUCUAAUCCUGCUUCAAGAUGGAUAAAAACCACGGCUUCGUUAGAAAAUCUUCCUAGUCCUGAUUCCAAGUUAGCUGGUUCCAGGACUACAGAAAGGACGAUUUCUGGUUUUGAAACGAAGUCAUGUUCUUCCGACACUCGAGACAAGAAAAAUUCAAUUUCUGAGACAAAGUCAGCGUGUUCCAAGAACUCUGAAAGUCAAGUUAAAGCGGCCACGAAAGCCACAAAUGUAAAGGUUGAAAAAUGUGCAGGCACUGGGGCACCAAAACCACGACCAGCAAGACCGAAUGCAAAAGCACGAACACAAAAACAAUCACCAGCAACGCAGACGACGCAGUCACCAAGACCGUCACCAUCACCAACACAAUCACCGAGAUCAACAACAUCAACAACAACAACACGAUCACUGAGAUCAACAACAACAACAACACCACGAUCAACGAGGUCACCAUUUAAAGCAGGCGGGCGCAGUUUCAAGAUUGGCCAAGAGGUUAAGAGUCCUUUAAGCACAAGGAUACGAAGAUCACAGGCUAAUUCCUCGAAUUCUGACGCAUCAUAA